AUGUGUGGGAGAUGUGCUGAAGAGCCGGUACCGAGUGAUUCACAAGCUGGGCCAUGGGGCCUUUUCUACAAUCUGGCUGUCACGAGACGAGCAAAAGGCAGCCUAUGUAGCGGUCAAGGCUAUGUCCAUGGAGAUAUUCAUCUUGGAAACAUCCUGAUACACCUACCUACUAGCCUUGACAAGCUCUCAGUCCAGGAAUUCUAUGAGCAGUUCGGAAAACGAGCAUUCGAAAUUCCGCCGGAUGAGGCCCAGCUUCUUCUUAGCGACUUUGGCGAGAGCUUCUCCCCUUCCGACACUGAGCAGCGGCGACGUGGGCAAGACUGUCCCUCGCCGCUUCCAGUUAUACCGCCUGAAGCAUACUUUGAACCUGACAAGCCUCUUACAUUUCCCUCGGACAUCUGGAGACUUGCAUGUGCUAUGUAUUCCAUAUUUGGCCUGCGGUGGCUGUUUGAUACCACACUCACCACUCGACAUGACAUAGCCUCUCAACAAGUAGAUGUCAUUGGAGAGAUUCCGCCUGAAUGGUGGAAUACAUGGGAGAAACGCCAUGAGUAUUUUGAAGAGAUCGGAAGGCCUGAGAAAGAUCGGUUUGUUUACCCAUAUCUUGAGCAAAGUUUCGAGAAGGACGUACAGGCCGCACGGCAGAGGGAUAAUAUGUCUUCGUUCGCCAAAGAGGAGCAGGUAGUCAUUCUAAGCAUGCUUCGCUCAAUGCUGGCAAUGAAACCUAAGAAGCGAGCAACAGCGACGGAUGUACUGAGCUCAGACUGGAUGGUGACCUGGGGAUUACCAGCUGUGAAGAGCGCGCGUGACAACCGGAAAACAGGUGUAUGA